GGGGCGUGGCUGGUUAGCAACAGUGCAGAAGAUCAACACCACACACGCUUUGCAGAGACAGCUAUACUGCCUUACUGGUGUGUGUGUCUUGUGGGGACACAAAGCUGACACAAAGGGGAAGGCAUGUUAGCUCAGACGAGACUGAAGCUUGGGAAUGCUGAGAGCUCCAUUGUCUUCAUCCAGGAGCAGCAUGCCAAGACCUUGGAGGGACUACACAAAGAGAUUGAGCGGCUUCAGAAGAAGAAUGCAAGGCUCACCUUUGACCUGGCGAUGAUAGCACCUCCAGGCUCCAAAGAUACCACAAUGUGCCUUGGAUGCCAACAACUGGAGGAGGAGCUGGUCUCAAGUAAAUCAGAGAUGCUGCGAUUGAGCUCUGCCCUCAGCUCUGCAACAGACAAUAAUGCAUUACUGCAACACCAACUGAGGGAGAUGGAGGCCAAAUACACAUCUGAUUUGUACUCAAAAAACGAAGCUUUACAAACUUUGAACACCGAUUUGGAGAGAAAGUCUAAUACAGUGGCACUCAUCACACAGCAGUACCAUCAACUGCGAGCACGAUUCCAUCAAGAAAUAGAAUCCCACCCUCCGUGUACGCAAUGUCAUCAUCAGGGCAGCGAAGAAACGGAUGUAAUCUCAGACACUGAUGAGGCACAAAGAACCCAGUAUCACCAGUUGAGAGGACUAAGACUCACUCCAAACCCACCACCAAUGGGCAUUUCACGAAGACCACCAGCCACGACACAACGAAGGAAUUUCCGACGAACUAACUCCUCCCCUGCGCCUUUUGAAGUCUCUAGCAUGACGAGUAUUGAGAGCUCUGGCACUACACGUGCUCUGCCAACUCCACCCAUAUCCCCAAAGCCGCUAUCUUAUUCCUCGUCACCACCUGACCAGUUGAGACGAGCUAGCAAGCCUCUCAGGAGACAGCAACAAGGUCGCUCAGCUACUUCACUGAGUGGGCACUCUAAACAAUCCGUGAAAACACUGUAUAGGAGUGACAAUACACCUCUGGAUCCUUUUAGGAGGCAAGCUAGUGAAAUAGUUCGCUCAGAGAUCAGCGAUAUCAUUGAAUCCAGUAAGAGGCAAGACCAUGUGAGUGUAAAGCAACCACCUCCUGUCCUCCCGCCUAUUGAAUUGAAUGAACAAAUAGACUCGGUGUCCAGCCAAGCGAUUGCUCUCUCUAGCUCAGACCUUCAGUCUACACCACCUACAACCACUCGCAAACAGCAUCGACAUUUCAUCCUGUCCAAGGCCCAGGGUCUGAGUAGUGCUCCUGUGCGGCCAAUGAGAGUGCUGUGUUAUAACCAAGCUCGACUGGACACGGCAAUAGAGGUAGCAAAGGAGGAGAAGGUGAUCCCAGACGGAGUGGAGGGUGUGCUGUUGGUGAAUAAGACCAAGGACAAUAAAUGGACUGAACUACACCACCACCAGGGUACUGAUCGUUAGCUAUACCAACAGUGCAUUAUGUGAGUUUGUUAGUUUUCUGAAUUGCUUAUAAUUGCUUUAAUUGAUACAUGUACACAUGUACAUUAAGUUCUAAGCAGCAUGAGUCCGUCCAUAACAAUAGU